AUUGCGGAUCCCUGGGCAUUUUUCUGUUGCGUGCUUUUAACCCUGUCCUUCACCGUCUCAUUCGCAUCAUGGUGUAUUUGUUAGCCUAUUCUGUGGCGUGCAAUAUCUAUUCGACUCCGAUUUGAUUCCAGCGGACAUCCCGUGUCGGCUGCCCGUCGCGGAGCGCAACCUCGGCAGCCAUGUGCCGAAAGUGGAGCUCCUCCAACGGCCUGGGACCGAUCGCGCAGCUCCGCCCGAGCUCAUCCCGCUUCUGACCGUGGCUGGUUCGUUCCCGCGCUUAGCUCUUUUAGGCGUUGUAACUCGUGCGAACAGCACUGCAGAUGUCCUCAUAAAGAAGGAGUGGUCACGUACUAAGCAGCCCCUUCUUUACCAGCGCAUCUGGCAGUGCCUGUUACCCAUCGCCGUCUCCCUCGUUAACACAAUGGACGGUGACUCUCCCACGGCCCCUUCGCUGGGCUCCGACGAGAACUCAGCCUCACCCCUGUCCAUGCAAAUGUCCAAUUCCAUGAUCGAGAACGGGUUGGACUUUGAGCAUGGCGAAGGUGCGAGCGCUGGGAUUAAAGCGACCACCGACGACGCACCGCAGCCACUCAAGCGGUGCUGCAGCCCGGGCGACGACCGGAACCCAUCGCCCGUAGUCGCCAAGCUGGCUCGUUUAGACGACCCUUCCGCCCGCACGUCAGCGGAUAUCGACGAUGACUUCAAGAACGACCUGCUUGAGGACGAUUUUGGCGAGGCCGAUGAAGGCGACGGCUUCACCGUCGGCGGGGACGUCUGCGGCCCGGGCGAUCAGGGUCUGCCCGUGCUCAGCUUCGACAUCUUGGACGAAGUGGGCGCGGGGCAGGGCGACGAAGACGACGAGGACGAGGACGACGCCAACAACGGGUAUGGCGAAGGCAGUGAGAGCGAUAUUUCAGACGACGAGAUCGAGGCGAUGCUGGAGGCUGGGCUGUACACGCGCAAGCUGGACGUGGACGAGGACGAAGACAUCGCGCACGAGGUCAAGGAGAAAGUCAUCCUCAGAGUUCGCGGCCAUGAUCAUUUUGACGUACUUCCCGAGGGUUGGAUUCAAGUCACCCACAACAGCGGAAUGCCUGUAUAUUUGCACAAACAAUCGAGAGUUUGUACUCUGUCCAAGCCUUACUUUCUUGGCCCUGGAAGCACCAGGAAACACGAGGUCCCCAUCUCCGCCAUCCCCUGCCUACACUAUAGAAGGGAGAAGGAGAAGGAGGAGAACUGCCCCAUUGCUAAUGGCAUUCCAGAAGGGGCUGAGGUCUCGUCCGACAAGCCAGCUGAGCUAGCGGCCCGCGUCCCCGCUGCCAAGGUGGAAAGUGUGAAGGAAAGUCAGAAGGAACGCUCCCUAGAUUUCAUGGCAGUCAGAGAGUAUUGCCAGGGACUCUUUGACUUUCAGACCAUUCAGCUGAAGAAGUUCAAAACUUGGGCUGGCCGUCGAAAGCACAAGAAAAAACUCAAGCAGAUGCAGCGUCCCAUGCUUCCCGAAGGCACCAAGCUUAUCAUGUGUUCACUGCCCCCAACGUCGGACACCAGCCAGAUCACGGGAGGCCACUCCAAAAGAGAGUUCAUCAUGAAUCCCAGUGGAAAAUCAAAUGUCUGCAUUUUACAUGAGUAUGUGCAACACGCCAUGAGAACGCAACCUCAAUACACAUUCAAGGAGCUGGAAAGUUCCAGCAUGCCUUACGGAGCUACGGUCGUCAUCAAUAGCAUCGAGUACGGCUCCGGGUUCGGCAGCAGUAAAAAGCAGGCAAAGUCUGAAGCAGCAAGGGCAACCCUUGAGAUCUUGAUCCCCCAAAUGAAAGAUACAAAUGUGAAGAGCGAGAAGAGUGAAGACUUCUUUCAAGACGUCGCAUUCUUUGACGAGAUCAAAGUGGAGGACCCACGUGUCAACGAGCUGUGCGCCAAAACUGGACAGCUUUCGCCAUACCAAAUCCUGCUAGAAUGCCUAAAGAGGAAUUAUGGAAUGGGAGACACAGAGAUCAAGCAGGAGAUGAAGAACAUGAAGCAUCAGCGCAACGAGUUCAUUAUGUCUGUCGGCAAGCAUAGUGCGAGCGUCAUCUGCAGGAACAAGAGGGAUGGGAAGCAGAGAGCAUCUCAAGCCAUUCUUCAGGCACUUCAUCCUCACAUCACUUCAUGGGGUUCCUUACUCAGACUAUAUGGAAAAGGAUCAUGCAAGACAUUAAAAGAAAAGAAGGAAGAAGAGCAGCGGAUCACCAAGCUCCAGAGCAAGGCCAGUGCCAAUCGCCCCAACCUGUGCAUACUCAACAAGCUCAAAGAAGAGAUGGCCAAGCUUAAGGAGCGCAGGGAGGCCAUGAAGCCCAUCGGCAAGUUCAUCCCCCAAGAAACUGAGUUUCCUUCUACGUCAGCCUCAGACCUCAAAGUCGUUGAGUUGUGAUUUUUUUUUUUUUCCCUAAAAUCUCUCUGGUCAGGUUUUUUUUUUUUUCCUUAAUCUUGGAAGACAUUCCUUACGAGCAUUCCUCCCAUUGUUGUUUGCAACGAAAGCUCUCUGAGAUGCAUAUGUCCCCGAGUUCUUCAACAUGCUCCAAAGUCAUCCUUGCAGCUUGAAGCUAAGGUAACUUAUAGUGGGAGGGAAGUGCAGAAAAAAAAAUGUAUUUCUACUUGCAGUCAGUCAUACCAUUUCGGUGUUUGGUGCUUGUCAUAACUGUGAGCAUGAAGAGAUGCACUGUAAGGUUCUUGAGAAGGCUUCUACCUAGCUUUUUAUUGUGGCUGCUUCAAUUUUACCCCUAUCUUUCUGUUAUUGUUUAGGUCGGACACAGUGGCAUCCCCAGAAGCCAUAGAAAGUUUUUCUUUUACCCAGUUGUAAGUACGUAGCUUCAGGUCUAUAUGAUGAAUAAUGGAUCUUAACGUUAUUAACAUACAAAGGACGACACAGUGUGGCCGAAAGCGUGAUUGCCAGUUUUUUUACAUUUUUCUUGCACAGUUAAAAAACUGUUAUUAGCGUUGCUGUAUGCUCUGAAGAGGGGCAUUAAAAGUAUUCGAAAAAUGAGGGGGGUGACAGGGGAGGGAACUUAGAUUUUCCUCCCCUCCCCUGAAUUGUUAGCUAGAAAUGUCUCAAAUGUUGAGAAAGGGGGGGGGGGGGGGGGCGUUAUCCCCCCCCUCCCCCCUUCACUUUUUUCCUGUCCCGACGCCACUAGCUCUGAGAUGUGCAUAUGUGUGACUCCAACUUAAAAGGUGAAAUUUGGUGUUGGUCAUGGAUGCUUGGGCAAACUGUAUCGCACAUCCUAUGCUGUCCACAUGGUACAUUUUAUGUUAAAAAUGCCAUGGUGUUUUAUGCCAAGUUGCUUCUUUGUUUUGGGCUACCAUUUUUUUUAAUCUUUUGCAUGCUGUAUGAACUGACGAAGGCUUUUUAUCAACGUCUCAGUUUACGUUUGAGCUUUUAAUCUUGCGCAGCUUGUGAGGCCACGCGUUUCUUGGCGGUCAUUAUACAAUUUUAUUAAGAACUAAACUUCUACCCAGUAUGGCUCUAGAUUUUUAUGAAAUGGGAACAAAGUGUUGGUUGGUGUUGGGAUGUUUUGGCAUGGUGAUAUAUUUUUCUGGUCUGUGUGAGUGUCUGGACAUUGUAUUUUUUCCACUGUAGAAGCCACUGGCUCUUGUACCUUCGGUAAUAGCUACAGAUACAAGUUCUGUUUGCCGAAUUGUUAUGCUGGUCAUAUUUUGUGUCGAAAAGCUUCAUCUAGUGUGGUUGGUAAUUGUUUCUACCCCUACCCAUUCUCUCGUCAAUAAUUGCAGACUGUUACAGACUGUGAUCUAGGGUUCUACUCAUCACAACUGCUGUUGUCUUGAUUUUGCUGUCUUCAUUCCCACUGUACUCUUAGAAUGUAUGAAGUGGCAUCUUGUACUUACAUUUCAGGUCACCAGAAUUAUCAGUAAGGUUUCAUGUUGAGUCAACCCUGAGGAUUCUCCUCAGUGUCAUUUCGGCCCCUAGUCUUCUGAUGUGUUUCUGUUUUAUUAAGUUAUUCCUUUUGACCUGCAAGACAUAAUAAAAAAGAAAUGUUCUGCUUG